AACCGCGCACACACAGAGUCGAGCACGCGCACACAGGUUCGUGCAGUGAGACAGAACAGAGUCAAACGCAGUGGAUCAUAUUGAUCAGACUGAUCACCCCACGUUUUUAUGCUUAAACACAGUAGCUGUGUAUAGCGUAAAGCAUCACAUUUUAAAAUCUUAAUUCUGUAGCACUAUCUGAACUUUCAUAUGCCUACUCUUACUCAAUUAAAAAUGAGAAGGAUUGGAUAAUGAUUUUUGCAGUCAUUUUGCACUAGAUUAAGUUCUCAACCAUUCAGAAUCGCACAUAGUGUAUACGGACAUAAAAGCUUGAUUUUGCCACACGUAAGUUGUCAUAAACAUCUUGGGAAUGGAUUUGAAUGCUGACGCCAGCAUUCCCACUGCUGCCCCUGGUGCAGUGGAGGAAGAACAGCAACAGCAACAAUCGGAGCAAGAGACCAGUCAGCAACCAGGCACAGAGUCGGACCUCACCGCCAACUCCUCUCAGCCAAUACAAAACGAGCAGCAAGAUCCACCCCCCGCCACAACACCUACCCCUGCUGUGGACUCCGCCCCCUCUCAGGAUGCCCCACCCAAAGAUCACCUGACAGUCAUUGACGAGAAGAUGGAAAUGAGUAAUGGUGUUUGCCCAGCACCUAUCAACAGUUGUCCGACCGCUUCUUCUCCUCCUCGUCAGCAGCAUGUCAAACCCAACCACGCAUAUGCGAACGGGCGCGCCAGGCUGAGCAGCCGCUCCGGGUCACUGAGUCACGCGGGGUCACCACGACCAUCGCUCACUCGACAGCCCAGCGCAGCCACUGAUGCUGGAGGAGAUGGAUCCAAACCCAAUGAUUAUCUCAUAUGGGCUAUUCUGGCCUGCCUCUGCCCUGUCUGGCCCAUCAACAUCGUCGGCUUGACCUUCUCAGUGAUGUCUCGUAACAGUCUGCAGCAGGGCAACGUGGAUGGCGCACGCCGUCUUGGCCGGAAUGCAAAGGUCCUGUCCAUCGUGUCAUUGGUGGGUGGGAUUGUCAUCAUUAUUGUUACUAUCGUCAUCAACUGGGGUGUAAUACUUAAGACCUGACGGCUGUCACGACACUCAGGAUGAAGUAAAAUUCAUGACUAAACUUCAUGCCCAACAACCAGUACAUGAUGACCAUUUUCUUCUUCCAUGUGUCAUUCAUCUUUCUACAUCUGAAUGCUCCUGAAUGCUUUUUCACUUGUUUUAUACUCUGUCUGAAGACUGUAAAGCUGGAUGUUACCUUCAUCUUCUAUCGUGCCAGAACUAUCAGAAACAACAUGGACACUCAGCAGGAUCACGAGUGAAGUGGCAAGGCAUGCAUGUUUGUUUGUUUUAUUUCCAACAAAGGACUCAUUUGAUGAUGUCAGUGAGGAGACCACAAAGAUGAUCUCAUUUCAUUCGUCACGCACCCUUUGAGGAUGUGAGGGAUGAAAAAAACAGUGAAAGGGAGUUGCUGGAGAGGAUUUGUUAUUUGACAAAGAUUAGAAGUCCCCCUGUAUUCUCAGAAGUGUGAAUCCAUAGAGAAAAGCUCAGAUUAAAAUGUAAUCGAUUGUAAAGCAGCAGAUACCUUCUGUAUUGGCAUCCAUCAACAGAUGAGUCCGAUUACCUUAAGAGCUGCUGUAGACACACUUUUGUCUAGGUUUUCUUAUUUCCUGUGAAGGAAAGAUGAGAACUUGAGGAGGGCAGGAGAGCAGUUUCCCAGCAAUUAAACAUGUGCGCUUCAUUUUUUAUCAGACACGAUGACACAUUCUCUCUCUAUUAAGAUGCAGGUUGAUGCACAUAAACAAAAAAUGAUGUAUCAGAGAGAAGGAAGGAGAGGUGAAGAGAAAGUGGGAGGGUUCGAGACCAAGCUGCAGUCUUUUGUUUCCCACAGAUGGAAGGAUGGAGAGAGAAGAGAGGAGGGGGGCGGUGGCUUCAGAUGAAAAGAUACCCCAGAGAUGGGGAGAUGUAGGGAAUGCAGUAGUGUUGCGAGGGAUCUGAGCUGCCUCCGAUUGGCUGCUUGCGUGUGUGUGUGUGCGUAUGAGGAAGCCAACAUCGUAAUGCUUGCCAACAUGCCCUCCCCUCUUCCUUACAGCUAUGCUCUGCCAGAUCCUUCAAGGCAAACAGAAAGCAAACCAUUUAUUUAUUAUUGUGUUUUAGCAGUAUGAGGCAAAACGAUGAUGCUCAUGUUUUUAUACCGUAAUGUUUACAGUAGAAUCAGACUCUUUCGGCAAAUUCAGCAGGAACGCUAGGACGUUUUGACUAUGAUAAAUCGUUUUACACAGCUAAAACUGCUUGUUUGGUGGAAUGAUUUGUUUUGCUCAACAGAAUGAUACCUGAAUCAUUCCUAGCUAGGCCACACCGACUGUGCCAAAAUGCAGACGCUGCCAAGACUCCAGCUUAGAUGGGCAUGUGGGAAAUAAGAGCAUGAAGGCAUGUUUAAGAAGGCAUAUAUGUAGGGAUGCACCGAUAUUAAAAUUGUAGUCUAUACCGAUAAUCUGUUAAUUGUUUUUGUGUUAUGGCCGAUAGCUGGUAUAUGGCUAAUUUUCAGAAUCUAUACUAUUUUGUCUAAAUAAUUAAAUAAAGAAUAAAACACUAAAAACUACAUUUAGGCUAAUUGAGAAUUUCUCAAGAUUACAUUCCCAAUGUUAUUGAAUUAUUAAUGUUUUUAAAUAUUAACUUUAAGUUAAUCUAAAUGUAAAAAUAGAGGAAAUGAGUGUGCAUAUUUAAAUAUCCAAUAUCGGGCAAAAAAUGUCAAAUAUUGACUGACUAAUAAAUUAAAAUACAAUAACUGAUAAAUUACAUUUAAAAACAGAGGAAAUGAGCAUAUUUAAAUAUUCAAUAUCAAUACAGGCAAUUUACCUUCGGAAACCGUUUUUAAAGCUUUUUAACAGUUAUCAAGGUUGAGCCAAAGACCUAGGACUAGUUCGCCAAAGUUAGUUUUUGAAAUAAUCUCCAAUAUCUCCAACGUGCGACAAAAUGCGCGUUACACAAUCCUUUACGCAAGUGAAAAACGUGAAGGCGCCCCCCGGUGGCCGAUUUCUUUCAAAUUUCUCACAGGCCUCUAGGGCCACGAGUCAAACAGGCCCACUGAGUUUCAUUCCGAUUGGCCUCCGUUAACCUUAUCUGAUAGCUGCUCAAAUUUCACUGGCCGAUGGCAGCCAUGGUUUUUGAGAUACGUCCUCAGAGACAGUCAUGGCAGACAAAGACACUACAUGCCAAUUUUCAAUUCAAUCGGACUAACGUUGAAGUAGUUAUUGCCAAGGUGAAAAUAUCUAAUUUUGUUCACGAGUUAUAGCCAUUUUAGUAAAAGUGGCUCCACCCACUUCAAACAUUUUGGUGGCCCUUAGGGACCAAGAAUCGAAAUUUCAACUUUUUUUGAUAAUUAUCGACAAUCAGACUCCGCUGCACUGGUUUGGUUCCGAUCAGGCCAAAAACAAACUAGCAAAAGUAGGUUUUUCAAAAAAAAAAAAAAAACCUUGAAAAUUUUCAAGGCAUCCAUUUUUUCCACCUUGAGCCAAGGAUUCAACAACGUAAGACACUUGAGCCUACGGCUAAUGGUUUAGGAGUUAUAAGCUAUUUCACACUUUUCACCACUGUAGCGCCCCCGUCAGGCCGAUCAGGGCAAGCUUUGGUGACGUUGUAGGCGGUGUGAGUACCACCAGCCCUCAAAGUUUCAAGUUUCUACUACUUACGGUUUGGUCUGCCCGAUCACUUUUAGGGAAGAAUGCUGAUCCUUGUAUUGUAAUUUAACAAUUACAAUAGUGUUUCAACAGUACGCUCUUGAACCACUAAUUAUUGUGCGUCGCUACAUAUAUGAAGUUCUUUCACAGAUAAUAUCACAAAUCCCUCAUCUUCAUGGCUUCGGGUCUCUUGCGUGCGAUUCUGUUUCAUUGAUGUUUACAGCUUUUUGUCAGAGAUGGGGGCACAUAUUAACUCUCUGAAAUCAAGUAUUCUUAUUUUUCACAAGGCAAAACUAUGCUGAUUAGCACUUUGUAAAUGUUCUGAAUCUAACGAGAAUUAUUCAGUUUCACAAGCAGCAUGAUGUCGAUAAGGAUACUGACUCGGUUUGGGUAGUGAGAGGCCUCUAUUUUCAGGGCUCGCAUUGAGCUACACUUGCGUGAACAGAAGGGGCUAGCUUUUUGAUUCAUUUCCGUUUGAGGCCACUUCACAUCCCCACCACUCAAAUAGGAAUGACCGUAGCAUGCACAUGAUUUGAUCCAACUGUGUGCAGUCAGUGAAUGCCAGCUUGACUUUUGUUCUCUUGAAUUGUUCUGCUCAGCUAUUUAUAUUUAACCUGCUUACAAUUCAUGCUUGUAUAUAUGUGUGUAUAUAUGCGUCUGUACAUAUUUAAACCGCUUCCAAUCUCAUCUGGUAAUCUGAAUCUCAUUGAUGGACAAGAACAGUGUGCGUAAUGCAACUCUUGACUGUUAACACUGCAGUGCUUUCACAAAUUUUCACACUCUUGAGUAUUUUUAUUGGUAAGUAUUUUGAAAUCAGCCCUCUCAGCGUACUACAAUAAGUCUGCGACCAUUUGUUUUGUAUGCCGUUUGUGCUUUGCUGAAACUUUGACUUUAAAAGCAUGUUUACACAUUGAUUACAGAUCAUCUAUGCUGCAUAAUAUAAUUCUGAAAGAAAUGUUUCAAAGACACCAGCCGAGUCCACUUCUCUGGGUUACAAGUUCUACCUGCUGUUCUAUUCUUUUGGUAUGAAGAUUAAAUCCAUAUUUGUGUUUAUUAAACAUUCCCUUACAAAUUCAACAGCAUUUUGGUGAAAGCACCUGUGCUAGUCAAGAAUCCUCUGUGACAUGAAUUGAUUUGAGAGGCAUUAUGAUAACUCUUGUUGCUAAUAUAAUCUUGAUUUUGUGCAGAUUUGCCUGUGCAUGCCUUAAUGAAUUGCUUUGGAACAAUAAUAUGUGAUGUACACUGUAUCUGAACCGAAGCGUUUGGUAGAUCUUGCAGUAUUGAUCCUUAUUCUACUCUGUAUACUAGAACUGAUUAUGCAUCAAUGAGUCCAGUGAAUAAACUGUCCCUCAUUAUGCUA